AUGGACUCAAAUACAGCCGACAACAGCAACAAUCACAAUGAAGAAGUGACAGUACCUGCUGAAACACCAUGUCAAAAGAUGCCAAAGAAAACCCACAAUGCAGUGCAAACGUUCAAGUUAACUGCCAAAGAAAAGAAAACCAUUUUCCGAAUAUUAUACAUCAUUGGAGUGCUAUGCAUUACUUUAAUACCAAUUCUGUCUGCUUUUGCGUAUGUAAUCGUGAGAGGAACGGACAAUAUUUAUGUUAAUUACUUAUACCCGUGGGGCACAACAAUGAGUUUUACUAGUGGAGUAAUUAAUGUGUAUAUAUACUGCUAUAGAAACGAACAUUUUCGGAUACGCAAACCAGCUUUUAAGAACUCGAUAGUUUGCUCGUCUGGCAAUGCAAAUGAUAGUCACUCCGGGCAUAGUCGAUCGCAACAAAACUCUACUACUUAUAGAGAGUACUGGGAUCAGAGUGUUAUAAUGGAUACAAGGAAUAUCACUCCGAGACGAGGACGUUAG